AUGGAGCUUCCUCCGACAAUCUCGCGGGUGCCGGGGCCAAGCACCCGCAGAGCUCCUGCUACUUCCGGCCUUUUGGGGCGAUGCGCUUGGCGGCUGGUUUUCCUCGGCGUCUGCUUGUCUCAGAACUGCCCUGGCAGUGGUGAGACGUUCCUCACCCCACGGAGCUCACAGCCGCCGCGAACGCGGCUUCGAGCCCGGUCCGGAUGGCGACGCUUAAACAAGAGAGCCUCGUGGGAUUUCCUGUUGGGGGCUUCCCCUUUUGCCUACGAAGAGAUCGCAAGCAACUCCAGACAACAGGAGUACAUGAAAAACAUGUUGUGGGUAGAUGACCUGGAAACUCCAGAGAACCAAAGCUCUCCGACGGCCUCCGUGGAGAAGUAUCCACCAGCUUUCGUCGCCUACCUAGCGCGACUGCUGCUCGCACGCGACGAACGCUGUGCCGGCUGGUGGGCAGGGGCGAAGAGUGCUGGUGUGGAAACUCCGCAGGAGGUAUUUGCACAGUUUGAGGCUUCGGUCGCGAAAACGCUCUCCGAGAGCUGGCGCGGAAAAGCCGGAGCACUAGCUGCAGCUCUGAUCAAGCGCUUCGGAGGACGAUUUCCCUUCGAUGCAGAGCCGCAAAUUAGGCUUUGCUUCGGCCUCCUCCCCGAGGAUAUUCUCCGGGGGUCGUUCUUCGAUCAAAAUUUUAGCACUGACCGCGACGAGGUGAUGGAGGUGUUUCUCGCCAUCGACAAAGAUGGCAAUGGCAUGUUAACGAGGGAGGAGAUACAAGAAGCGUUUCAGUCCAUAGGGGACGGGUGGCUGUCAAAGCCCGAAGUUGAGCAGAUGUUGAAAGAUGCCCUUGCCGACAGCAAUGGUGAGGCAAGGGUUGAUCGUGAUUUGCAGAUGAGCAUGAGCUUGGUGAAUUUGGUCUACGGGGCAUCGGAUUCGGCUUGCCGUUGA